AUGGAUGUCGCUACAGUAGACACCCAGCGACUGAAGGAUGAGAGUAUGUCUGCGUGUCUUGCCCAAGCCUCUAGCCCACCGUGCCGAAAGCCCGAGUCUGACGAAUCCGGCGGGAGAACGUCGAGACUCUCGACCUUGAGAGAUGCAAGGGAGGCCUUUGACAGGCCGGACGGGGCAUGGCUGCGAGACAUGUUGAGAUUGCUGCGAAUCGCAGCGCUGGCGCUCCCGGCCCUUGCACUCGGCGACAGAGGAUAUGCUCGCGACAUUGGCGUUUGCAUGGUGGGCCAGCUCAGAGGCAUCUGCGAUGCCAGCGACUUGCUGAGCUUCUUCCAGGUCUUCCUGAAGCCUUUCAAGACGGCUGAUGUCAUCCUGGCGGUUCCAGAAGAGGAGUGCCCGAAGGCCCAGGAGCUCAUCCACGUGGCCUCUCAGUUUGCUUUUUUUGGUGGAGCAGAUGUCUACAUGCAGGCUCUCUGCCUGCCUGAAGAGAUGGAGGCGCCAGAAGAACGGCUUUGGAUGGAGAACUUCAUCUUCAGUGAGGCAGGCCACCGGUACUUCGACUACGAGCGCUUGAGGAACACCCUUCUCCCCGCCAGGCAGUUGGCCCAAUGUGCCCAUCACUUGGAGGAGAAAGCCCUUGAGGCUGAUGGGCAGGACGGCUCGAUGGGCUAUCGCUGGAUUGCUCGGAGCAGACCAGAUGUCCAGUGGCACUCGAUGAUCUCCCGCGAAGACCUUGAAAGCCUGGCUCCACCCUUCGUGCUGGCGAACUGGGUGCCCAUGCCAAUCCAGGCCCGUGAAGCUUUCGCCCCGAUGUAG